CUUCCGGCUGCUUGAGGGAGGACGGAGGGUCUGUAUCCGGGGCACGGGCGGCUUCCUGCAGGCGGGCGGCAGCGGUGGCUGGUCGCGCGACGGGGACCUGGUGUCGCCUCGUUGCAAGCUAAGAAUCACGAUUACUGAAAACUUGUAAAAGGCUCAGUAAUCCGCCUGUUGCAGAAUAACCAUGAAAGAGACGAGGUAGCCACCCAAGAGUGAGCCAAAGUCCUAUUUCAAUGGAUACGAAAUAUAAAGACGAUUUAUUUAAGAAGUAUGUACAGUUCCAUGAAUCCAAAUUGAAUGCUUCUGACAACAAACAGCGCCCUGUUAAUGAUGAAUAUCUGCGAGUGGCAGCCUCAGCCUUACUCUGCCUUCCCAAGAUUGAUCCCUUUUAUAGAUUCCGGUUGAUUAAAUUUUAUGAGAUGGUUGAAAAUUCACUAAGAUCCCUGAAAUCCUCAAAUUUACGUUCUCUCCAUACUGCAUUCACUAUGCUGGAGAUGAUAGGAAUUAAUCUCUUUCUUUACCCUUGGAAGAAGGAAUUCAAAACUAUAAAGACCUACACGGGACCUUUUGUUUAUUAUGUAAAGUCCACACUACCUGAGGAGGAUGUAAGACAGAUUCUGAACUACAUGGGGUAUGUCCAAGAACUGGGAACCAUGUAUAAGCUCAAAGAGCUGGUUGAUGCCUUCCAAGUAAAAAUGGUUUCAUUUGAACUCUUUUUGGCAAAAAUAGAGUGUGAACAACUGCUUGAAAUUCACUUGCAAGUGAAGGAUAAAGGUUAUUUGGAGCUUGAUGUUGUAAAUGAGCGAAAAAAUAGCAAUGAAGAUGUUAGAGGCUGCUCAGAAGCUAUGAAACGGCGCACAGAAUGCAAAGAAAACUUGAACACUUCUAUGGCACGCAUGGUUCUUCAGAAAUCUGCUAGUGAAAGAGCCCCUAAAGAGUACUUCAAGCCAAAAGUAAGCAAGCCUUCUAAAUCCGUGGAUACGUAUGACAGCUAUUGGGAAAACAAGAAACCACCAUUGAUGACUUCGUUGAGUCUCAGAAAAGAACCAAUUUUGGUUGAUACAGAAGAUGACAUUAAAGAUGAAAUAAUACGUCCAUCACCAUCUCUUCUUGCUAUGUCAAGCUCUCCACAUGGGUGUUCAGAUGAAUUUCUGCCAAUUUCAUCCCAUCCCAAUGGCAUGUUAAGAACAAAUGUCCCCUACAACUCCUAUAUUUCUGCUCAAGAAGACUUAGACUUAUAUACUGAUCCUGAUUCUAGAAGUAUGUUAAAUUUUAAAAGACAAGACGUUAGUAAACCUGAUGUAUGGCUAAUAAGAAAUGAUGCCAAUCCCAUUUACCAUAAACGUACGCAUCUAGCCAAAGAGACAACUUCCCUGAAGUGCCAGAAUUGUGGCAUAACUUGCGGCACUUCUGUUUGCCAAAAGUGUGACAAUCUGCUCAUCUAUAGGCAGGAAUAUCCAGCAGUGAAACAGAGCAGUUAUUCAAUCAAAGCAAUUCCAAAUGAUGGCUUGUCUCCUGGCUCUGCUUUAAGAGAGAAAUCUCAGUAUGCAUUACAGACUCAGAGUCAAGAAAGAGCUGCUCAGCUCAGUUCAAAAUCCAAGCCUUCAGGCACCCUGCGCUGUGGCUUCUGUAACCGAUCUGGAGCUGCAAACACAUGCACGUUCUGUUCAAAAGUCUCAUGUGAUGCUUGCCUCAAUGCUUACUAUUAUGAUCCCUGCUGUAGAAAGAGUGAGCUACACAGAUUCAUGCCUAACAAUCAAUUAAACUAUAAAUCAACCCAGCUGCCACACCUUGUUUAUAGAUAGACUUGAAAUUCUGUGUUUGAGGGGAGAAACAAGGGCUAAAAACACAUGGAAUUUUCUGAUUUCACUGGUAACAAAUAUGAUACUGACCUCUUUAUAUAUAAAUAUUAAAAAAAACAAACAGAUGUGUCCAGUUUUUGGAAAUACAUUUCAAUGACUAGGUGCCAGUUUCAUUUUUAGUGGCUUCACAAAUGCUGUGUAUACAUUAGAGUUCAUGCUGCUACCAUUUAGGUGGUUCGUAUCUGAUAACUGCUUUUCAAUUUAGAUGGGGGAGAAGAGCACAUUUUCCUUUCAGACUUGGCAGCUGUUGCACUUUAAGUGACACCACAUCUUUGUUAUUACAUUGCAGUUAUUGGCUCACCCAAAUAAAACUAUGUAAGAGUAUAUGAAAUUAAGAGCAGCAUUUUGAGUGUAUUGUGAAAUCACUGUCUGUUUUUAUAGAGUAACUUUAAAAUACUUGCAGGAAGUAUUUGAAAAUUACUUGGUUGCCAAAAAGGACUAAUUUUUGAAGAGUUUGGCUGCAUUUCCUGAGCUCUAAAAUGUAAACACCAGGACAUCUCCUCUUCAUGUCUUCAUGUUUCCUCCUUCUCCCUUCCAUCCCCCAAGAUGUUUAUCUCAAGCUUAUACAAUCUGAAUUUGAAGAGAGUUCUUGCUUUAUUUUCUAAUGUUGCCAAUACCAUCCUACUGGUUUUUACUGUGUGGUACUUUUAAAAGGUGAAUCUGUAUACAUGUCACUUAAAUUAUGCCUGGAGUGUUGUCUUUCCAGUUCAGUACUGAUUUUAUUCAUCUUCUGUUGCACAUGUAUUAAAUCCCAUUCUUUGUACUGUAAAUAGGUGAUUUGGAAACAGUUUAUUUUUUAAUAAAUAGAUUCAAUAUGUUGAAUUCUAAAAGUGGUAAAAUCAUUAUGUAACUAUGAAGCCUCUCUGGGUUAUUUGUUCAGAUGGCUUCUUUUUUUUUCUUUUUUUUACUUGUACUGUAUUUCAUGGUUUACUACAGUCACUGUGGCAGACUGAUAUUAUUGGCUCAGAAAAAAAUUGUUUUCUUUGCUUCCUUCUUUAAAGCACCCAAAGCGCUCACUCAGGAGACACCUCUUCUAAAUUAAUUGGAGUCUUUCCUGAGUAAGGACUGCAAGAUUUUGGGCCUAAGUGCACAUUUUCUUCCCUUAUGCUUAUGGGAACUUUGUAUGCAUAGAUGAUACCCUGCAUCUAAAUCCACUGCAGAGUCUAUAGCGUAGCUCAGCUGGCAAGGCAGUGAUCUGAUUAAAAUUCACAGAGCUUGUAUGACUCUCACUGGAGUAAAUCCAUCAGUUGUAGACGAGAAUCAGGCAAUAAAACUUAUUAUUUAUUUGUAUGACUAUCGUGCCUAGGAGCCCUAGUCCUAGACCAGGAUUCCAUUGUGCAGGAUUCUGUACAGUUUGGCCGCCAAACCAUGUAAUAAAUUAAACUACAUCUUCUAUGAACAGACUUUAGUCUUAUGGGAAAAGAAAAUCUGCAAGAGCCCCCUCUUAUUUUUGUCUUUUACAUUCAGACAAGCUAAUUAAGACAAAAUAUUUAGGGAACUCAAUCUGAGUAUUGGAAUCAAACAUUUAAAAUAUCUAAAGAAAUUAUCUAAAGUGUUUAUUAUAUUUUUUUAAAAUUAAUCCACUUUGCACUAAAAUAAUACAUUUUUGAACAGUUUGAUUCUAGGUUUUGUUUUGUUUUCUUCCCAAAUGUCCAUUGUAUGGAAAAACAUGCAUGUUUUCUUAUUGUUUUGGGUUGCGGGGAAUUAAAUAGGUUAAUAUUGUAAACCUACUAAAAUAUUUUAGCCAUAAGAGUGUCAGAUAUACAAAAGAAAAGGCGAAACUUGAUUUUAUAGAAGGCUGAGAGAGGCUACUCUGACUUGCAUUAAGAAAUAAAGUAAAUGGCUUGUGGUUAGCUAUCAGAAGACAAAUCAAGUGACUGCAACUGAAAAUGUUAUAAGCAGGUAUUAUCUUGCUGACUGAAGGCUACGGCAGGGGUUCCCAACCUUUUUGUUGGCAUGACCUCAUUUUAAUGAAUUCUUUCCUGCCAGGACUCCAGAUAGCAUGGAGGAUGCCGUUUUGUAGAACAACAUGACAUCAUCCAUGCACUGUGACAUUGCCUGCACUGUAUGUGCAAGGUCAUGCUGUAGGAGCAAAAUGGUGUCUGUCCUCUGUGACCCCGUGUACCGAUGGUGCAUUGUGACCCAUAGAUUGGGAACCAUUGGGCUAGGCUCAGUAUUGCUUAGGUGAAUGAUGUUAAGGUUUUCAAAAUCUUAAUGGCUUUUUAUAAAUACAUACAUAUAUAUAUAUAUAUAUAUAUGUAUAAAAUAGAACACAUGUAGAUACAGUAUGUAUAUAAUGCAGAAUUUAAAACAAUUUUACUACUAAAAUACAGUCUGUAAGGGUGGCUCUCAUUUUGGUAGUUACUUUUUCUGUUCAUCUUUCUGAAGUGUCACGCCUGUUUUGGCUGCUAUACAAUGUACCUUCUAGUUCACUAGUUCAACUUCCAUAUUGUUACUUUCACUACAGUAAUUAACUCAAACUGUGAUGCCACGUAACUUAUACAGUGAACAUAGCAGGGACUACUAUAUUUGCUUUAAAAAGGAAAAGUCCUGUGUUUAUAUCUGUCAUUGAAUACUGUAGUACAAAACUGUGUUGAAUUGCUAGUGAUACCAUGCUCUAUUUUUUGUGUAUCUUACUGUAUGGGUUGCUGUGAUUGAGACAGUAAAAUAUAUGCUAACUUAAAAUGCAGGUGUUUUGCAUCUGAUUUCUGUUAAAACAUCUGAACAUGUUUUGAAGCCUUCUCUUAAAGGCCUGUGUCUUUAUGGAGGGUGGGAGGGGAAGUUGAGUGCAUUUAGAUGUCUCUCAUACACACUUUGCACAAAAGUUUCUCAUUUGGGCACUGACCCGCGUGUAAGUGUAUGUCAACCAGGAGCCUCAAGUUCAUGGAAAUUCAGAACAUUUCUCAUUAAAUGUAGACUUUUUAAAAAGUUAUUUUAGAAACCUAGCAGCAUGAAUUUGAUUGGUCCAUAAUGUGAAGGUUGUCAUAUUGCUUUCUAAGACUAUAGAGGAUAUACAGAGCAGAUAUGUAUGGUGUGAGAUCCUCCUUUAGUUUACUUGUCAGACUUGAUUGACUUCACCAUUAUGAGGACAUAAUAUGUGCUUCUUUUAAAAUCAGCUUCCUGAUGUACAUACAUAUGCUAUAGCUUUUGUGUAAAAUAAGUGGAACUGUUCACAUGCAUUUUUUGGCAGUUGAGUUGAGUUUUUUGCCUGCAUCCUACUGGUUUUGGAGUAAAACUAUCUUCCAAAUUCCAAACUAGACUGACUUUGGGUUUGAAUACGUUUUAAAACUAUUACGUGAACGUCUUAAACCAGUAGAGGCCCAGUCCUGCAAGCUCUUUAUUUCCAGAUCAUUUGAGAAAUCAGAGUUCCAGAUGCAUGUCUGGGAGGAUCAGGCCCAAGAAGUUUAACUAAAACAUUUUUGCAGUGGCUUGCAUCCUGGACUUCUGUGCAUGUAGAGCUAAUGUAUUUAUAGUGCAUAUACAAAAAAAUUACUUUCUUACUGCCUGACACUUCUAGUUAUGGUUCAAUUUGUUUUGCUUCCUCUAUUGCCUUGAU